AAUCCGCGUCAGUCCUGAGCGGACCUCGGCACGGAAUUGCGCUUGCCAUUCGUCCUGGAAGGCAAUGUGAGCACCUCGGACUCUAGAGGUCCCCAUCCUUCAGCAUCCACCUACCCCGCACUGCACAUUCUCGCGCGUCGCACACGGACACGCAGAGGCACGAGACAGAGGAGAAGGCGCCGUGUCACGGAGUCAACGGGAACCUGAUACACACGCGUCGUUUUGCAAGACCGAAAAGGGAACUUCGAUUUCUUUACCGAGCAGAUGGAAAUGUCCCGGGGACACGGUUCCGUUCCUUAAUCGGGGAUUCGUCUUUCAGAAUGUCUUGACAUGCUGUCCUUGCGCGCGGGUCAUAGAUUCCUGUUCCCCUUUCUUCCGAAAUAGUGUUUCUGUGCAGCUCCGUGGCGACUGAUUGCUCGGGGCCACUUGCGUGAAUUUGAGGGAGCCAGAGUGCAUUGUUUCCAGCUCCUGCCUAAAGAACUUAGACCCCAGUCGCGUGCCGUGAUGUCUGCGACAUUCCGAUCAUUGUUUCUCGUGCUGCUAGGCGCGAUCUCCACCCGCGCUCAGACGGAGAUGAAGAAGGUGGUGGGGGAGAACGCUACGCUGCCCUGUCAUUACCAGUUCCGCCCGCAGACAGGGCAGACGCUGGACAUCGAGUGGAUCCUGCAGAAACCCAACUUCAAGCAGCGCGUGAUCAUCACAUUCUUCAAUAAUGAGGUCUACACCAACGACGAUCCGGCCGGACGCCUCUCCUUCUCCGGCGACUACCUGAACGGCGACGCCUCGCUGCUCAUCACCGACCUGCAGCUUAGCGAUUCAUCUGAGUACCACUGCAAGGUGAAGACGGGGGGCAAGUACCUCUGGAGCCAAGUCAACCUCGUCGUCCUGGUAAAACCAUCCAAGCCUCGCUGUUGGAUGGAGGGCCGUCUCCUGGAGGGUAGUGACGUUCGCCUGAGCUGCAAAUCGGCCGACGGCUCGGAGCCCAUCAACUACAAGUGGGAGAGAGUCCUGGACAAGGGCAAGAAUGCUGGCAAGCUGCCCCCUCUGGCCCUGGUCGACCUGAGGAACCCAGAGAUCGUGACAUUGCGGAACCUAACUCAGGAGAGCUCCGGUGCCUACAGGUGCACUGCCAGUAACGAUGUGGGUGAGGAGAGCUGCAUCAUCGAAGUCACCAUGCAGUACGUGCGAGGCAUAGGCGUGGUGGCUGGUGCUGUGGUGGGCGUGUCCUUUGGCGUCCUCAUCAUCAUUCUCAUCAUCUGGCUGGUGUUGCGUAAGAAAGAGAAGAAGAAGUAUGAGGAAGAGGAGACACCCAACGAGAUCAGGGAGGAUGCAGAGGCUCCCAAAGCCAAGCUGGUGAAGCCCAACUCCCUCUCGUCCUCUCGCUCGGGCAGCUCACGUUCAGGAGCCUCCUCCACUCAGUCCAUGGUGCACAACAGUGCCCCACGCAGCCACCGCCCACGGCCCCCACCCAUUGCCACCCUCAGGGAGAACGGGCAGCCGCCCGAAUACACACAGUCAUCCCCGGGCUACACGCAAGCGGGGUCCAAGACCCCAGAGCCGCCCGCCACCCCCAAGUACAGGCCGCCUAACCCGGGCACGGGCCUGACCGUGCCCCUGGGGGGUCUGAUGCCCCCACAGAGCAAGGCCUUUCAGACUGUGUAGGCCCCAGGGCACGGGGGCGGGGGCCCAGUCGCAGAGCUCCAGAAGCACCUCCUGAUGGAGAAGCCGUGUUAACUCCACCAUGAGAAAAAGAGAAAAACAAAAAUAUGAGCAGAACUAAGGGAUACAAGUUCAAAGAAUUAAUCAUGUAAAAAAAAAAGUUUCAAUGAAUGCAUACUUAAAAGGGAACUUACAAAGUGCUUGCCCCCCCCCUCCCACUGAAUUAAACUAAGAAAAUGUGAGAAAAACAGAUCUUAAGGAGAACAUUUCCGCUUGCAUUCCUCGUUCCUCAAAAUCACCCCCUUCUCACGGAGUGUCUGUCUCUCUGACUCCAACAGUGUCCUUUUUUUCAGUUUUUAUCUGCCUCUGCCUUUUUUUUCUGACUUUGAACCCAUUGUAGGCACAAUGACUGAAAAGAUGGAAAGAUUUCCCCCUAAGUGGAAAUGUAUUCAUCUGUCAGAAGUGAACAGUCUAAAAAAGAAAUGGACGAUCCAAAAGCCAGGACGAUCUGAACUUCCAAAAUAAGGAGAACUGAGAGAGUAGUGAACGGACCGGUGAAGACCCACCCCACGUACAGGGUCUUCUGUUACCUGACGUAGACCCACCGCCCCUCACAGCGAGUGGUGACAGGACACAGCCACUCUGAGCCAAUCAAAGCGGCCUGUUUGCACCUCCAGUGGGUCUCUUUUCCCAGAAUGGAGCUCAAGUCACCAUGGCUCCACUGAAAAUUCCAAAUGGCGAUCCAUUAACCAAGGCGACAGAUACAUUUGAGAGGAAUUUUCUGUGACCGCAAAUACCAUCCAGCGCACAGAGAUAUAUUAAUGAGCGGGACUAGACUGGGAUGCAGUAUUGGCUGUCCAUCCAGCAACCGCACAUUUACGUGUUAAUGCUCAGCUCUGCAAUCAUAUACAACACUGUGUGACAACUGCUCUUCAACAUUACAUAUACUCACCUGUUCUAAGUCUGUACACAUAUACAAUGUGGAAGUAUUUGGCGAGGAGUUUUGUGUGGGCAGAUCUCUCUGGCUGACCAUUGACUGUGGUACUGCUCACAGCUGCCCUGAGCUCAUACUCAUCUACACUCCUUUGGGUCACUUUGCUUUAUUUAUAUUAUUUACAAUAUUACUGAAACCAAAAUCUGGGUGGAAUACUAUGAAUGUUUUUAGCCAUUGUUUUUCUGUUUCCUUCUACGAAUACCCGAUGGUACUCUGAUUAUGUCUGAGGUACAAAUGACUGCACAUUAUCUCACACUGAUGUGGAUAAGUAGUUGCAAUGACAACAACUAAACUGUGUGUGUGUGUGUGUGUGUGUGUGUGUGUGUGUGAGCGCACACGAGAAUGUGCCCAUCAGGUGUGCACCGGCGUGCACCAAGGUUCUCCUCUAGGUCCCCUAAUGAUAGGGCUUUAUUCAGAAGCCCAUGUUUACCGCCACCACAACGGGCACGGUGCACUGGCCAGAUCCAGAGCAGACACGUAGCCUGUUAUGUGUGCCUUGGCAGUCCCUGUCUUCUUUUCUUUCUACUUUCUUUGGUUCUUUCUUUCUCAACAGUACGCCAAAUGAUGGACUAGAAGGACAGUAAGAUGCAGCCCCCUCCAGCCACACCAACCGUGUACAGUACCUGUUGUAGUCGUUAGCGCUGUUUUAUAUUGUACAUACAGAUAGAUAUACACACAGUAUCCUUUGCGUGAUUGGAUGGUGGCCGUGAUAAAAGGCCAUCAACUCUGUAGAUGAACACUAAAGCAUUUUUAAUGAGUGUUAAGAGAUUGGUGUAUUCUGGGAGCUGAAUGAACUAGCCUCCCGUCUUAAAUAGCCACAGCUCUCUGAGUUCCUGUAAUAUAAUAUAACCCCUAUCGACCGUUUAUCUACAGAAAUGUAAACCCAGCUGGACAGGAUAUAUAGUGUCCCCUGCCCCUCAGAGUCCAUGUUUUUUUGGUAUGCCUUUUUGGAAGCAGCCCCACUCAACCUUUCAUCUUUGACUGUGUGUGUGUGUGUGUGUGUGUGUGUGUGUGUGUGUGUAAGGUCCACCUGUUCAUCAUUCCAGUAUGGCUGCAACUGUGAUGGUGUAAUACAGCACCUUCCUGUGCUAAACUUGAUUUAACUGCUUCUGUAACCUUUCUCCAUAAUUAAACAACAUACACAUACUCUCUCUCUUUCUCUCUCUCUCUCAUACACACACUCACACACACACACACACUCUUUGUCUCUUUUUUCUCUACACAUAUACAUCCAUGGACACACUCAGUCCACUCCAAUCUAAGUACUUGCAAGGUGGUGUUUCUGAGUGUGGUGUCAUCAGUAAGUGAUGGAUGUGCUGUCAGCAGGGUGGAGGAUGAGGGAUGGGGUUGACCUAGUAGCCAACCACAGGCUGUGUGUGUCUAACCCCAGAAAACCUCUCUACCACACAUCCACCCAAGAAAGUACCCCAAAACUACAGUAGACUGUGUGUGUGUGUGUGUGUGUGUGUGUGUGUGUGUGUGUGUGUGUGUGUGAGCGUGCGUGUGCGUGCUCUACCACCAGACCCGGGGAAUGGGAGCGAAUGAAAACGUCUUCCAGCUGAUUAGCUCUCCCUCCUCUGGCUCUGCCUCUGUGGGUCUCAGGAGGCCUGUCGACCCAUUUAUAAACCACCCCGGCGGGCGACACCCAGCCACCCUGUUCUCUGACUCGGGGGCGUCUUCGGAUGCCGUCAGUUGUCAGUCCAGCUCAACGAGACAGCUUAAAGUGGCUUUAAAUCCACAGUUUCCACACAAUGGCACCGGAGGGAACUGAAAAAAACACAUAUGUUGUGUCCAAAUGCCAGCAUCAUUAAAGACACAGGCACUGGGGAGCUGGCUUGCAGAAGGAAAACCAUGAGGUACGGCACUCACUGUGAAAACGUAUGUGCCUCCUAAUUGGCUGUGUAAGAUUGAUAGCCCGCCAGUGAUGGUAUGACAGAGCCGUUCUUCUCAACGCUGGUCCAUAGGACCCAGCAGGCGGUCCACAUUUUUGUCCAAGCCCAGCUCCCUGCACGCCAAAACACAGAUAGAAGAUAGUGUGUGAUAGAGCAAACAUAUGGACCGGGUAACCUGGAUAGAGAGGCACUAUGGUAAAGGUGAGGAAUAACAACUGUUGCGACCACUGCGUUCAUACGGGUGAACAUUUCGCUUUGGCGUCUCUGCCUGCGUCUGGCUCCGCCCACCAAACCUACAGAGUCAUGCCAUACAAAGCCAGGUGAUGGACAAACCUACAGCAGAGUUGUCCGAUCCUGUGCCUUCUUUUGAAUCUCUUUGAUUGCUUUUGUCUGGCUUGGUUGGGUUCAUUGUGUGUGUGUGUGUGUGUGUGUGUGUGUGUGUGUGUGCGUGUGUGCGUGUGUGUGUGUGUCUUUACUGUAGUCUGAUGUUCAUUAUGGUUUCCAAUGCUGUGUUUUCCAAUGUUUUUUGGACUUGUGCUCUUCUGUUUCUGAGACUGGAGAUUUGGACCCUGUUUCUGUCAAUGCCACAGGCCAUUUGGAUAGACUACUGAGAAGGCAGCUGUUGCACGAGCACAGAAACCAAAGGGGAAUCCUCGACGUCUUUUUCUUCUGCUGCAGCUAUCAUGGAGCUUUUUUGUUUUGUUGUUUUUCUCAAAACCGGUACAUUUUUUUUCCCCUGAAAGGAGAUCCGUUUUGUAAAUAGGCCCCUUACAAGUAAAAAAAAUGUAUAUUUUUACGGAUUCUGAGAUAUUACUACAUCAUUUGCAAAUAAAAUAUUCAACAACAGGUUA